UUCAAACUGUUCAGCGGGAGAAACUGAACCGAUGCUAGUUACUGAAGAGGAAAAAGAAGAAGGUUUCUGUCAUAAUCGAUUUAAAGUUUGUGAUGUCAGGUGUUUUCACCUAGCUUUUAGCGCCUCUGGGACAUAGAAGAAUGCGGCGCUCAGGAGCUCCCAGCCAGCUUUUGGGUAACGCAGUGAAAAAGCCUCGAUUUGUGCCACCUGGAGCCUCUACUUCAUUUUCCGUGGCUGAAUCCAAGCCUCUGACCCCUAACCUUGGUUUAGGCAAUGUGCUGGAUAAACUCCAGAGAAGUCUUGCAGCACCAGCUGCAAGUAAUAAAACGGAAGGUAACAUCCAGCCCAAAGCUGCCCCAGCCUCGUCAAAGGCUCUGGCUCGUGUUCUCAGUGCAACUGAGAGUAAGGAAAAUGAGGAAGAGGCAGAGCAUCAAAACCCUGGAUCAGGAGACUUUGCUGAAGACUGUAAAGCAGCAGGAGUGAAUGAUGGUCCUCCUGGGUCUCCCCAAACCCCUCAGCCUCCUGCAGGCUCAGACUCUGGCUGCAGUCAGGACGGGGCGCGUUACUUCAGUGUGGUGUGGUGUAAGGCCAGCAAGAAGAAACAUAAGCGCUGGGAGGGAGACGCAGUCCUGGUGACAAGAGGACGCACAGUCACUCUUAAAGACAUGGAGGGGAAGGAUAUCGGAAAGGGUAGUGGCUACAAAGUGUCAGAGCUGUCCUCGCUGUCUGAGGGAGAGACUCUCAUGAUUGGUGGGAAAGAGGUGGAGGUGAUGGGGGUCAUCUCUGCUGAGGACUUUGCCAGGGGGCGUUGUUUCCAGGAGGUCCAAACAGAGGGAAUGGAGUUAAACUCAAAGUCUGCUCCGCCACCCUCUUGCCGCUUGGCAUUCAAACCUUUUUGCCCCCCAACAAUGGUGGGCAGAGGGGGCCACCCAGAAACAAAACCAGAGGGGGAACAAGCCCGCAGACCUCGCCAUGACCCCCUAGCUCCAGACGCACUGGUGAUGCCUCGCCCCUCUGCCAACCACCAGUGGUUAAAUAACAAGUCAGGACUUCCUGUGGUCGAUGUUGUACUUGACCCACACCUGACCACACACCUGCGACCUCACCAGAGAGAUGGCCUGCUCUUCCUCUAUGAGUGUGUCAUGGGCAUGAGAGCUGUGGGUCACUACGGUGCUAUCCUGGCUGAUGAAAUGGGUCUGGGAAAGACGCUCCAGAGUGUGGCGCUGUCUUGGACGUUGCUGAAGCAGGGACCUUAUGGUGGGAGGCCAGUUGCUAAGCGUGUCCUUGUGGUUACGCCUGGCAGCCUCGUACAGAACUGGGCAGCAGAGUUUAACAAGUGGCUGGGUCGUGAGAGGAUCAGCGUUUUCACUGUGGAUCAGGACCACAGGAUAGAGCAGUUCGUUUUGUCCCCGCUGCACAGCGUUCUUGUGAUAAGCUAUGAAAUGCUGCUGCGCUGCCUGGAGCAGGUACAGAAAGUUGAUUUUGGUCUUGUAAUCUGUGAUGAAGGUCACAGAUUAAAGAACAGCAGCAUCAAAACAUCCUCAGCCCUCAGCAGCCUCACGUGUAAUCGCAGAGUCAUACUUACAGGUACUCCAGUACAGAACGACCUGCAGGAGUUCUAUGCAAUCAUUGAGUUUGUUAACCCAGGGAUUCUGGGGUCAUCAACUGCUUAUAGAAAAGUAUAUGAGGAGCCAAUACUACGCUCCAGACAGCCCUCCUGCACAGAGGAGGAAAGAGUUUUGGGAGAUGAGCGAGCAGCUGAGCUCUCUCGUCUGACUGACAUGUUCAUCUUGAGACGAACGCAGGAAAUCAUCAACCGCUACCUGCCUCCUCGCCUCGACUGGACGUUGUUCUGCGAGCCAUCCCCUCUGCAGCGAGAACUGUACAAGCACCUCCUCUGCCACAGAGUCUUCAGGGCCUGCCUUCAGAACUCCACUCAAACCCACACACAUUUGGCCUGCAUCACUGCACUGAAAAAGCUCUGCAACCAUCCCGGUCUGCUCCACGGCACAGUCAAGGAGAGGACAGAUGCUGGCUCUGUGGAGAGUUCAUUAUAUGACGGCCUGGCAGAUCUCUUCCCAGAAUCCUAUUCUUCAGGAGGAUUCAACAUUGCUGACUCUGGAAAACUGCUGGUUCUUUCAGACCUGCUCAAUGCCAUUAGGCAGCUCAGCCCUUCAGACAGGGUGGUCGUAGUAUCAAACUACACUCAGACACUAGACUUGCUCCAGGACCUGUGUGUACACAUGGGCUACACCUUCUGUCGACUGGAUGGACAUACCCCCACAAACCAGAGGCAGCGACUGGUCGACAGUUUCAACAGUCCCUAUUCUCAGAGCUUCCUGUUUCUGCUGAGCUCUAAAGCAGGUGGGGUCGGGCUUAAUCUAAUCGGUGCUUCCCACCUGGUGCUAUACGACAUUGACUGGAACCCUGCCAAUGACAUUCAGGCCAUGGCUCGGGUGUGGAGAGAUGGACAGAAGAAGACUGUGCACAUCUACCGUCUUCUUACUGCAGGCACCAUUGAGGAGCGUAUAUUUCAGCGACAGGUGUCCAAACAGGGGCUUUCUGGAACUGUGGUUGACAUGGGGAAAGGCGCAGAGCACACAAGUUUCUCCACCAGUGAACUGCAAGAUCUUUUCAGCCUGACGGACACGCCCUGUCUAACUCAUGACCUGCUGAACUGUAGCUGCAGCAUGGAGGGUACACUCAACGCCAUCACAGAGAAGGAGGAGGCACCGGUUUCCGAGAGGCCCUGCCAGCUCGGUCGUCUAGGUGACCGUAAGGGGGCGGCACAGAAGCAUCUCAGCAUGUCCGAGCUCAUGCAGUGGAGACAUUUCUCUGGUGAAACACACACCUUCUCUGACCCCUACCUCGAUCACGCACGAAACAACAUCACUUUUGCCUUCCAGACCACCAUCUGUCACGCAACCCAGUAAACAACAGACUCAACCCUUUGUAGUGGGCCUUACACUCAUACAGCUUUCUACGUGAAAGUCUUCAUGUGCUCUGGACUUUCUCAGCCUUUUAUAAUGAAGUAUGAAUAACGCUUCGCCACUGCUGCAUGUUAAACUGCUGGCUUUCGGUUUCCACGAGUUUUAAAAUUAGUGUUCAUGAGAUUCUGUCUUGUCCUAAAGUUUUCAUCUUUUCUUUAUUUAUGCUAAAUAAUUCACAGUGAAAUCAUAUAAAAUAAACAUAAAUGAUUCACAAAUGUUGAACAUUAGUAAGCGAUUGAAAAAUUCUUGCUGGAGAAUGAGCUUCAUAUAAAAUACAGGUUUAUGUACUAUGGAUACAGCUGUGCAAGAGAGGAAUAUUUACUGUGGUAGGAUUUAUGUUUUUGUGGUGUGCCCAGUGAAUGGAGAGAAUGUGUUUUCCAUUCAAAAGAAUUUGUUUACAGCAGUUCGCAUAGUGAGUAUGCCAUCUGGGGAUGACCCCACCCCCCACCUCAGGGGAAGGGCAAAGCAUCUCUGGCCUCCGAUGUCAUGCUUUAAUAUCAGAAUUUGUUAUGUAAUGACCACACACGUUACUGUCGAGGGAAUCUGCUGGAUUUUAGAUGUGGGCCAUACUGCGAUCUGUUCAGUCUAUUAUUUUGGAUAACACUGGUCUGUUCAUGCUCUUCACACAAAGCUGCUGUGUGGGAGUUACAGCAUGUAAUUUCUGUGUGUGUGUGUGUGUGUGUGUGUGUGUGUGCGUGCACGCCCAGAAUUCACAUACGAUUUCUGUCUGUGUCUGUCAGAUUGACUGAGCCCCAAUACAAUGUAUGCCUUUGCGCAAACAGUGCAAUUAUCAUUUAUUCAAGGAUCACCACAGUGCGUGAUUGUUAAGCAACUUUGUUGUAUAAUAAAUGGGUCUCUGGGAUGAUAAACUUUUCUGUUAUGCAUAUGACAGUUGGACGAUUACGCACACACCUGCUGUUAUUCUGUGGACACAAUGGAAACUGAAACAGCUAGAGCAUUUCCUAUGCCAGGAUUCAGCCUCAUAUGAACAUUGCAUGUUGGGCAGUAUAUUAAUUAUGUCAUUUUGGUAUCAAAUGUAGGCCCUCCGGAAGCUCGUCGGUUUUGGAUAUGAAAAUCUCAGAGGCCAAAGUGGAUUUUAUAUAAGGAAACAGGAAAAUAUGAGUGUUUCUGGAGCUAUAAACCAAUGGUCUUUCCCUCACCUUUUUUCUUAAAAAUGACAGACCUCAUGACCACAGUAACUUUUCCAAUUUGUGACCCAUUCAGGGUUAGGCAUGAGAAAAAACUUUCAUAUUAUAAAGUAUUGUGUCGCUGCCUCCUGCAAUACAAUUAUUGGUAAUGUACACUAUUGCCAAAUGUUGAUAUUUUUAGUAAUACAUACAGAUGCUCUGUAGGAAUUCAGUGAAGCAUAUCAACACUAGAAUAUGGUGACUAAAUGCUGUUCAAGACUGCAGCUUAUUUAGUUGUUUGUGUAACUGAAUGUAUGCUAACCAUAAUGUUCAGGUACCUGGCUGUGAUUGGUUUAGGGACAUCCAGGUUGUAGAUAAGGAGCCAAGAUGUACACAGAUACAGUAUCAUGCCGUAUUAUAAACAAUUGUCUUAGUAUAUUAGUGCUCCUCAAAAAAAUAGAAUGUAAUGAAAAAAGACGGGUUUUCGAUUUUUAUUUUAUUUUAUUUAAUUUUUAACUUAAUUUUUGAAAUUUUGAAGAUAAACAGUACAUUCAUGUUUAAUU